AUGACGCAGAACAAGACCUUCAUCUUCAAGAAGAUCCCCACGGGUCUCCCCGUGGCCGGGGAGCACCUCACCGUCGAGGACCGCCCCAUCGACCUCGACGACGUCCCCGCGGACGGCGUCGUCGUCGAGAUCCUCUACGCCUCGUUCGACCCCUACCAGCGCGGCCGCAUGAGGGAGGCCACCAAGAAGUCCUACACGCCCCCCUUCGACCUCGACGGGCCCAUCACCAACAGCACCGUCAGCAAGGUCCUCAAGAGCAACACCCCCAAGUUCGCCGAGGGCGACCUCAUCUUCGUCUUCGCCCCCGUCGCCCAGUACGCCCGCCUGCCGGCCAGCGCCCUGGAGCAGGCGCGCAAGAUCCACAACCCGCACGGCCUCGACCUGGCCCUCUUCCUCGGGCCCCUCGGCAUGCCCGGCCUGACGGCCUGGUCCGGCCUGCACAAGAUCGGGAAGCCCAAGAAGGGCGAGACCAUCUUCGUCAGCUCCGCCGCCGGCGCCGUCGGCCAGCUGGUCGGCCAGAUCGCCAAGCGGGAGGGCCUCACCGUCAUCGGCUCCGUCGGCUCCGACGAGAAGCUCGACUUCAUCACCAAGGACCUCGGCUUCGACGCCGGCUUCAACUACAAGAACGAGAAGCCCGCCGACGCCCUCCCGAGGCUGGCGCCCAACGGCAUCGACAUCUACUUUGAGAACGUUGGCGGGGACCACCUCGAGGCGGCUCUGACCUCCAUGAACGUUGAGGGGCGCGUCGCCGUCUGCGGCAUGAUCUCCAGCUACAACACCCCCGCGGAUCAGCAGCAGGGCAUCAAGGGCCUGAUGCAGCUCGUCUCCAAGCAGAUCACCAUGGAGGGUUUCCUCGUCGGCAACCCCAAGUUCGGCGCCGCCUACUUCAAGGACCACCAGGAGCACCUGCAGGAGUGGCUGUCCGACGGCAGCGUCAAGGCCAACCUAGCAGUGACCGAGGGCAUCGACAACGCCGCCGAGGGCCUCAUCGGCCUGCUUACCGGCAAGAACUUUGGCAAGGCUGUUUUGAAGGUCAAAUAG